AUGAUGAUGGACUUGCGGAACCGCGAGUUACCGCUUUCAGUGGCUGCACUAAUGAUCUGUAAGUAAUCUAUCUGUAAGCAAGUUUGGAGUUCUGAAAAUGUUUGCUAGCCUCAUAUAUAUCUCGUACUGCACUUUCAUUUUUGAUAGCUAGGCAUCGAAAAUUGACUCAAAAAUUGCCGAAUGCACGGCGACCAAAAGUGUAGAAAGGGGCGUGGCCUAAUCUGAGACGCGUUUUCUGAAAAUUGCCGCAAUUCCAGCACUUUUCCGUUAUUUUUGUGUUUGAUAUCGACGAAAGAAGAGACAUUAAAGAGAGAAAACAUUGAAAUUUUCGUGAAAACGCCGCGUUUGAGACGUUUUUCGCAUAUUUCGCAUGCAAUACGCCCUCCGCAGCCAAUCGCCGCCGCAAUUUCGGAAUUUUCACACCGGCCGAUCUGGAUAGUUUUGAGACGAAGUGAGUGUCGGAAGUGAUUAAGCACGUUAAUACAAGUAUUUUAAGCGUUCAAACGGCAAAAAGUAUCGGCGAAUGACUGAAAUUCGCACAUUUUCAGCACAAAACUUGAAAAUCGAUUCAAUUGAUUCAUUACUAAAUGAAACAUGCUCGUUUUUGGCUCAAAAAGUGCGCGCGAUGAUUAGUUUAACAAAAUUAUGCAAUUACAUCGUCAAAAUCGUACAAAAUUUGGGUAAAUUUUGACGAAAAACGUGAAAAAUGAGGAUAAAUUUCGAAUUUCGCGCCGAAAUGGUGAUAAACCGUGCACGCUAGGCCACGCCCCUUUCUACGUUUUUGGUCGCCGAAUUUCAACAGAAAAGUUCUAACUAUCGAAGUUCAGGCGCAAUGGCAGGAUGUUUUGGUGUAAUAAUAUACGGAAUAGCGAUCCACUUCAUCUACCGAUAUUUUGCCUUGGAAAGGUACAUUAGAUCGUCUAAAAACUAACCAACUAAUCCGUUUACUUUUCAGAAACGGUAGGGUAAAGUACUUUGACAAACAAUUCCUUCCCAUAUGGUUCGUGGUUCCCUGGCUUGGUGGUAUCUGCUGGACCCUAGUGUCCUGGUUUCUGUUUCCAAUGUCCGCGGUGACUUCGGACUAUAUCGGGUACGAUUCGUUUUGUUCAUUGAUUCUAUGAAGCAUAAAUUGGUAAUUGAACAAGCGCGGAAGGAAAUCGCAUCGCUCUUUGAGUAGAUUUCCUCUCUGAUCUCUCAAUAUUUCCAGGUCGGUUAUCAAAGAGGAAUUCAAUAUGGAUAUUAAUCAAGUCGCCUACGCGGCCGCCAUCUUCUACCCGCCCAAUGAGUACGGACAAACAUUUUUCAACUGGAAAUGUGGCAUUGGCCUGAUUCUUUACCUCUUGAUUAUGGCCAUUCCAUUCGGUGUCGUCAUGUUUGUUGGAGCAAAAAGCAUUGGGAAAAUCAAAGAGUUUCCGGUGUCAAAGUAUGGAAAGGACUUGCAAAUGCAAUUGUACAAAGCGCUCGUAGCUCAGGUUGUUCAACAAGAAUCAGUUUUGCACAGUCAGUUCUACAUAUUCCCAUUUUUCAGACGGUGAUCCCGGUUCUCUUCCUCUUUCUCCCAUUCGCCUUGAUCUUUAUUUGUCCCAUUCUGGAGAUUGAUUGCAAACUUUUGGCCACUUCUCUCACGUUCGUCUACGCGCUGUACCCCGUCGUCGACCCGCUGCCGAUUUUUUUCUUUGUGCAAAACUAUAGAAAUGCAGUUUGCGGUGAGAAAUAAUCGAAAUGUUCGCAAACAAAAGUGAGAUUUCAGGGUUUUUGAGUCUGAAGGAGUGCGGGAACACAAAGAUUCGUGUGGCACCGGAAGAAGUCACACGAGAUGCUCAUUCUGUUUAA